GUCAAUGCCUUGAACAAGGGAAACUGUGCACUGUCAUUCAUAAAGGAAAUACCGGCUUGGUAAAUGGCGAAGAUUUACGAUUACCUUUUCAAGCUCUUGCUAAUAGGAGACAGUGGAGUGGGAAAGACAUGUCUGCUGUUCAGAUUCAGCGACGACGCGUUUAACACCACCUUCAUCUCCACAAUCGGAAUUGAUUUCAAAAUCAGAACUGUUGAGCUGAACGGGAAGAAAAUCAAGCUGCAGAUAUGGGACACAGCAGGACAGGAAAGAUUUAGGACGAUCACCACGGCGUACUACAGAGGCGCUAUGGGCAUUAUGUUGGUAUAUGACAUCACCAGUGAAAAGUCAUUUGAGAAUAUUAAAAACUGGAUACGCAACAUUGAGGAGCAUGCAUCAUCUGACGUAGAGAAGAUGAUCCUCGGAAACAAAUGUGACAUGAACGACAGGAGACAGGUGUCCAAAGAGAGAGGAGAGAAAUUGGCAAUUGAUUACGGGAUCAAGUUUUUGGAAACAAGUGCAAAAACCAGCGUAAAUGUCGAAGAGGCCUUUUUCACACUUGCUAGAGACAUUAUGGCUCGACUUAGCAGAAAAAUGAAUGAUGGUGGUCAAGCAGAUAGCGGAGGGCCGGUGAAGAUUUCAGAGAAGCGCUCUAAAAAGCACAGCAUCUUUAAGUGUGCUCUGCUGUAACGCUUUUACGGCAAGUGUAUACAGUACGUUCACUCGCUGUGUGUCUGCGGCAGCCAGAAAUGCUCUGCUGGUAUAACGUGUCACACGAGCCCCUGCAAAGAGCUGGACUAUCAGGCUCAAGAACAGAUGAAGGAUCGUCUUUCCAAGCUCUUAAAGUCAAGAUGGAACAGAGGAAUGAUGCAGCUUUGAGAGAUUUAGUCAGUUCACUCGGUGGUAGAGUCACAAUGGGAAACGUUUCCUUUGUUGUGUGGUGAUAAUCGUGAUGAUUGUGUUAAAAGAUAAUGGAUCAAAUACGAAUGUUUGCUUUUUUUUAAAUGUUAUUGUAAAGUAUUCUAUAUGGACACAGCACAUGCUGUCUUAAAACAUUUGCUGCUGAAGGCUUAGAUGUAUCAUGUACAGUAUGAAUUAGUCAGUGAGUCUGUCUUGUUGUAACAUGUUCCUGGGUGUCUUUUAUACAGUAUAUACACUGUGUUCUUGCACUGGUUCAAAAAAUGUAAUAGAGAAAAUCUGUAAAAGACCAUUUUUGGGAUGCCAGUGGGUUAAAAGCACUUUAUAUGUGUUUUUAAUGAGCUCUCCUCACAGGCACGUCCAUGUAUAGCACAGACGGACAUCAAUCCAUCUGCAGGAAGGUUGCAAAGAUAGAACAUGAUGGCUGCAGUGCAUGAUGGGUGAAGGAACAUCUUCAGGUCAGGUAUCAAAGGGAACACGUAUUACUUGGCAAAAUCACAGUCACCCGUAGAAAGUGUGUGUCUGACACAUCUAAACCUGAGAAAUUGUGCCUGUGUUGUACUGUAGAUCCUUAGCCUUAGGGUGAUAAAAUAUAGGGUUUAUAUUAAAAUUCAGUCUAGCACUGAUCUGUGAAAAUUGUGUGACAAUUUUUGAAUAUGAUAAUGAUCAUUCACUAAUUAAUUAGCAUUUAAAUUAAUGUUUUAAUUUGAGAACAGGCUGCUUGGCCAUGUGAAAUCAAGUAUAGAGACUAGGGUCUUGGUGUCAAUGCUACAGUAUGUUUUGUAUUUUGCUAAACAGGAAAGCCACUAACGCAUGCUUAUGAAAAUUCAUCAACGAAAACUGACCUUUUUUUCUAUUCCAGCUUGAUAUUUUUCAUUUGAGCUCUUUUUCAUUUUUUUGUUCAAUAACAUCCAGUGCAUAAGGUUAUAUACUCAAUGUACAAGCAACCUUUAUUUACUGUUUACAUAUUUUUCACCAUAGCCUCUUACAGAAACAUAGUUGCCAAAAAUUGGUAUUAUGCUUUUUUUUUUUUUUUUUUGCUUGUACUGUGAUUAUGUGUAGUUGUUUUAGUCAAAGGUUGCAGGGUGAAUGCAACUGGUUAAAUCAGCACUUUUGUUUUCAAACGUGUGAGACAUUUCGGUCUCCUAUUCAAACUUCACUAAUAGUUGUGUCAGAAGAAGUAGCACAGAUUACAGCAAUAAAACAUCCCCAUUUGGUAAUUA